CGGAGUUCAUGUCUGCAGGCUUCUUUCUCAAUUUUACUUGUGUUUGUGUUAAUGCGUUUAUUGAAUACAUUUGGGUUUACAAGUAUUCACAGCAACACGUUGCCUAUACGGAUAACUUCCAAUCACAACGGUGUACAAAUGUCCAACAUCUCGAUCUAUGACUGCGUCCUUUUCAAUAAUGAAAUCGCUAUGUUGUACUUUCGCAUGCAUGAACUCUUUGAUGUUGUGGACUACUACGUUGUUGUUGAAGCAACCACAACAUUCUCGGGAAAGUCCAAGAGUCUCAUAAUACCAGAGAAAAGACAUCUGUUCAAGAAGUUCGAAGAGAAGCUUAUCUACUUUCCAAUCGUCCAUGACCUCAAUUUCAGUGAUGCAUGGCAAAGAGAGCAAUUCCAACGUGAUUGCAUUUUGCGUGCUAUCCCUCAUUCUUUGAAAGAUCAAGACAUUGUAAUGUUACAUGAUUGUGACGAAAUCCCAAAUAGAACCAUUCUUGAGUUCAUUCGCAGCGGUAAAAUUGCAUUAAAUCCAAAUGGAUGUACCUUUCCCAUGGAUUUGUGGUACUUUUCUAUGAACUUCCCUCCGUUUGCUGACGUUUGGCGUCCUCCCAAUCGCGGGGCAGUACCUUUCAAAAAGAUUCGCUCAUACCUGCAACACAUAAGUUUGGAUAAGGAAAGGAUAUCACGAUUCUCAUCUGUCAGCAUUCGAAUUUACUCUCGACUUGCAGAUUGUCCAACGGUUGCAAUUUGUCAAGG